CAUUGCGUGUAAGUCGGAGACGAGAGAAAGUUAUAUAAACUCGCAACGUACUCGUAAAGGUCCUUUCCACCUAGUCAUACCCCAUCAUACCCUCCCAUCCAGAAUCAUCUUCCGAAUCCUGAAUCAAACAUGGCCGAACAAAAAGAGGAUAAGUGGUCAUCCGAGGUAAGCCUUAUCAGCUCAAGUAUCAAUCAGCCAUCUUCGCCAGCCUUAGACUCAAAAAAUACCCAGGCCUACCAGCACUCCGCCUCCUUCGUACCCAAGCUGGCGACCAAGGUGGUCCAGUGGCUCGACGUGCAAAAGGACGAUGUCAUCCUCGACGUCGGCUGCGGUGACGGCAUCCUCGAUGUCGAAUUCGGAAAAGUCCUCUCCCAAGGAAAAGGCUCCCUCCACGGCAUCGACGCCUCCCCAGGCAUGAUCUCCGCCGCCAAAAAGGCCGUCUCAGCAGCAGGCCUCUCAAACUGCGAGUUCGAAGUCCUCGACGCAACAAAAACCACUACAUCCUCAACACCCACCCUACACACCCCAACCUUCACAAAAGCCUUCUCCAACGCAGCCCUCCACUGGAUCCUCCGCCCCCCAGGCUCCCACAUCCCCGUCUUCACCGCCAUCCGCGACGCCCUCCUCCCGGGUGCCACCUUUGCCCUCGAAAUGGGCGGUCUAGGCAACGUAGCCGAGAUGCGCACCGCCAUCGUCAUGGCCGUCGCGCGGUGCGUGGGGAUAGAGAAGGCCGUCGCCGUAGACCCCUGGUUCUUCCCCGACGAGGAGUGGAUGAAGACGAUACUCGAGAAGGAAGUCGGUGGGUGGGAGGUGUUGAAAGUCGAGAGGGAGUGGAGGCCUACGACGGCGGAUAAGGGCGGCGUGGAGGGGUGGGUUAGGUUGAUGGGGAAGGAGCUGUUGGAUGCUGUGCCGGAGGAGGGCGGGCAGAGGGAGGAGGUUGUUAGGGAGAUUGUGGAGGUGUUGAGGCAUGUUUGUAGGAUUCCGGGGGAUGGAGAGAUGAUUAGCUAUGUGAGGUUGCGGUGUCUUGCGAGGAAGCUUUAGAUUGAGAGGCUGGGUGGGUAUGUGUCUGGUGAUGGGAACGAGAAUUAGAGAAGUGUGUAGACGCUGGCUCGGCACUUCUGUUGCCAAUCAUCCCCUACGUAUAAAACGCGUUCACUCUUGAAGGACCAGAACGACAGGAAAACACACCACUUGCAAUGGUUACAAGUGGAAAGGUUUUCGGUGGGAGGGGUCAUCAAAGGCAAGAGGCCAGGGGCAACGAGACCAACCUCGAACGUCUCUUUCUUACAAAAGCUGCCCAAGGACACUCACCAUCUCGUUCGCUCCACCUCGCUUCGGCUCGAACGUAUUCGUUACGAACAGUCACGUCCUACCGAGGGCUACCUAGUCAUGGACAUUUAAUUCAAACAAGUGCUUUAAGUUAUAGCACCAAGGCUGCCUUGGCCUGCUGGUGUUAAAGUAGAGCUUUCCGAGAGAAACCUGUGGUUUACCUAUCCUGAGCUCGCCUCUACCUGGGCACUGGCCCAUUACCUACU